CACACACACACACACACCACCAUCUCCCCCUCCUCCACAGCAGCAGAAGCAGCACCGCCACCCUCUGAUGUCCGGCCUGCUGGCCUCGUCUCUCUAUUUAGCCCAGACUGUCUGCCGUCUGAGCUGGGGCUCAAUUUAGACUUCAAAAGCGCUGCAGACAAGACAUGGCCAGGGAGCCAAGCUUCGGUGUGUGUGCGAGGUGCAGGCAGGAUGUGUCCAGAGAUGUGCAGGCCUAUCGAGCCCUGGGGCGUCUCUACCACCACCGCUGCUUUGCCUGCACUGUCUGCAGCAAGACGUUAGAACAGCAACCCUUCUACAGCGUGUUGGAUCAGCUGUUCUGUGAGGAUCACUUCAUGCACUCUGAGGUCCAUCGCUCCAAAGAGAUCUGUGACUCUUGUGGGGCUCCUAUCAAAGAGAAGGUCCUCCAGGCCUUCAACUGCGUCUACCACCCCGCCUGUUUCUGCUGUGUGGUCUGCCUCCAGAGUUUGGAGGGUGCCCAGUUCUGCCUGGAUAACGCCAACAGGGUGUACUGCCUCAGGGACUAUUGCAGGUAUAUAGCUCCUGUCUGUGCCGGCUGUGGCCUCCCCAUUCUGCCUGCUGAGGGGUCAUUGGUGACGGAGCGUAUUGUAUCCAUGGACCGAGACUACCACGUGGGCUGUCUUCACCAAGGGGCCAGGAGGAUACAGAGUUAACGGUUCUGGAAUAAAUCUAGACAAGAACAGACAGAUCCACAAAGCUCUUUGUCCUCUGCUAGAUAAUUUUCUUAUUCUUAUUCUUAUUUCUAUUAUCUUCAUCAUUCUUUUUGUUUUUUUUACACAUAGGCCUGCAGAUUGAUGUUGCUGUGUUGGUGUUGAAUGGAGCAUAAUAAGGCCAAUUGGGGGGAGGAUCAUUCAUUUUAGGAGCCGUUUCCACGUAGCAGGAUAUUUUUAAAUGUGGACAUUUCUUUCUCCUGGUUACAUUGGUUUUGGCCUUCCAUUUCCACGUAAGCACUUUUUAAAACCCACAUAUAAAAAAUCCUGCUUUAAAAAUAUCCCAGUUAGGGGAUCCCAGUAUGGAGUUUUUAUUUUUAUCCCCAUGUUGCGUUUCCACCUUAACAGGAGAAAAAAAUAUCCACAUUUAAAAAUAUCCUGCUACGUGGAAACAGCACCUUAAUCUGUAUUACCUGCACCUACAUGGUGCAUAUCUUGGGAUCAGCUAAUCAGACUUAUUUUUUUCAGUCAAUGGGGAUUGAAACCCAUCAAGUAGGCCUAGUGACUAGUCAAUUAGGUCUGUGGCCUACAGGCAGUUUUUGGCUGGAUGUGACGUGUCUGUCUACUGCUCCACCGUGUGGCUGCAAUUUGCCAGUGCAGUUACGCAUCCCGGAAAUUGGUUUUACUGCGAAAAAAAUAAAGUUUGACAUGGCGUCAGUCGCA